AUGACCAAGUCACUUUUUUUCUGCGUGGACUUUCCGCCUCUGGUUGGGAGGAGCAGCCAGCUUGAAACUAGAGAAAGAAGAAAAUUCGUGAAACUGCCCAAAGCUGGCAUUUUCCGUCACCGGAGUUCUCCGCUGCCCGUAGCUGGCGGCUCUGAAAAGCAUCUCACUAUUGGAUUGACUUUCCUAACAAACCUGACUGUGCCCUUGACCGGAGGAUCGUUGGCGGAGAGCGCAGGCAAGGUGGGGCAGAUGGUGGCGGAAGUGGGGCAGAAGGCAGACCGCGUGUGCUCCUACGGGAUGAAGCUCAGCUGGGACAUCAACGAUCCGCAGAUGCCUCAGGAGCCGGCCCACUUCGACCACUUCUGUGAGUGGCCCGACGGCUACGUGCGCUUCAUCUACCGCAGCGACGAGAAGAAGGCCCAGCGCCACCUGAGCGGCUGGGCCAUGCGCAACACCAACAACCACAACGGCCACAUCCUCAAGAAGUCGUGCCUGGGCGUGGUGGUGUGCGCUCAGGCCUGCGCCCUGCCCGACGGCUCCCGCCUGCAGCUGCGGCCCGCCAUCUGCGACAAGGCGCGCCUGAAGCAGCAGAAGAAAGCAUGCCCCAACUGUCAUUCCGCUUUGGAGUUGAUUCCCUGUCGAGGGCACAGCGGAUACCCUGUAACCAACUUCUGGCGGCUUGAUGGCAACGCGAUAUUUUUCCAAGCCAAGGGAGUUCAUGAUCACCCAAGACCAGAGAGCAAAUCAGAGACAGAAGCUAGAAGAAGUGCCAUCAAGAGACAAAUGGCCUCUUUUUACCAACCCCAGAAAAAGAGAAUUCGAGAACCAGAGGCCGGAGAGAAUCAAGACAACAGUGGACAUUUCAACAACAUGCCUCCCUUGGAAAAUCCAGAAGAGUUUGAUCUAAUUGCUGACACCGGCUUCCCUAUCCCAGGGCAGCCUUGCUUUUCCUUCCCAAGCUCCGAGUCUUACAAAGCUACCUGUGACCUAGCCACCUUCCAAGGAGACAUAAUGCCACCCUUUCAGAAAUACCCAAACCCAAGGAUUUUUUUGCCUAGGCCACCUUGCAGCUAUGAAUUGGCAGGUCCUAGUUACACAAAUUCAAGCUCACAUCCCACCCUUUAUACAAAUUCCAGCACCAUCCCUAAUGACACGGACUGGGUUCAUCUGAAUGCACUACAAUAUAAUGUCAAUUCCUGCAGCAGCUUUGAGAGAAGCUUUGAUUUCACCAGUAAACAACACGGCUGGAAACCAGCUCUUGGAGCACCUGUCCUUGGGGAGAGGCCAGACCAUGGACAGUUCCAGGCCGUGGCCACUCACCCUUAUUAUAACCCAGAGCUUCCCUGCAGGUACCUCACGGCUCCCCCAGCAGGUCCUCCAGCCCUACAGACUGUGAUCACCACCACCACCAAAGUGUCCUACCAGGCCUACCAGCCGCCUGCUCUGAAAUACUGCGACAGCAUACAAGAAGUGAAGAGCCUUUCAGGGUGCAACUAUGCUUCUGAAAACAUCCCCCUGUCCAUCUAUCCAGAAGGCUUGGACUUCCCAGCCACGGUAGCCAGGGCAGCCUCGCCAGCUGGGUCACUUCCUUUGAAAAUUCCAGGCGAUUGCCGAGCCAUCAGACCCACGCUGGCCUUUCCUCAGGAGUCCGCUCCCUCCAGGACAGAUGGAGCAGAGACUUGGGAUGUGUGUCCAUCGAGGUCGGGGUCUGCAAUCAGUUAUCCAGAUGGGGUUAGUCCGUUCUUUAGCUAUGACAAUGAGGACUUUUGA